AUGGGAGAAGCGCAAGAUGUGCGCGUAAUCGUCGAGUUUGGCGGUGGUACAGAAUUGUUGCUUGCUCCACCGCAUGCCAAGACGCACGACAUUGUAUUACCAGCAUCGGCGUCUGAUGGAGGCAACAGACCCACCAUGAGCACCUUGGUGGAAUAUAUUCGUACACACCUGAUCAAAGAGCGCGAAGAGCUUUUUGUGGAGAAUGAUCAUGUUAGGCCGGGUAUUCUCGUUCUCGUUAACGAUAGCGAUUGGGAACUCGAGGGUGAAAUGUGCUACGAACUAAAGUCAGGGGACCGGGUUGUCUUCAUUAGUACAUUGCAUGGUGGUUAA